AUGGAAGAGCUGACGGCGUUUGUCUCCAAGUCGUUUGACCCCAAAACGAAGGAGAAGAAGGAGCUCAUCACCUACCGGGAGGUGCUGGAGAGCGGGCCGCUGCGAGGAGGAGGAGGACCGAGGGAGAGCGGUGGAACCGCGGCUGAACCGGGCCGAGACGAAGCGGGCAGCCCCGCGGCAAGGGCGGGCAGCGGGAGGUCCCCGCCGCGGGAGCCCGACGCCGCCGCUGCCGAGAGAGCCGCCGAGGCAGCCACCCCCAAGCUCAGCGACGUGUCCCCAGAGCUGAAGGAGCGCAAGGAGGAUGCGAAAGCGAUGGAAGACGAAGGGCAGACGAAAAUCAAGCAGAGGAGGAGCCGGACGAAUUUUACCCUGGAGCAGCUGAACGAGCUGGAAAGGCUUUUUGACGAGACCCACUACCCGGACGCGUUUAUGCGGGAGGAGCUGAGCCAGAGGCUUGGGCUUUCCGAGGCCAGGGUGCAGGUCUGGUUCCAAAACCGAAGAGCCAAAUGCCGAAAGCAAGAAAACCAACUCCACAAAGGGGUGCUGAUCGGUGCUGCCAGCCAGUUUGAAGCUUGCCGGGUGGCUCCGUACGUCAACGUGGGUGCGCUGCGGAUGCCCUUCCAGCAGGCAAGUGGAAGACAAGGGCACACUCACGGGGUCCCCCUCGGUUGUGGGUUGUUCUGGCAGGUUCAGGCUCAGCUGCAGCUGGACAGCGCCGUAGCUCACGCCCAUCACCACCUCCACCCGCACCUUGCCCACGCACCCUACAUGAUGUUCCCCGCACCUCCCUUUGGGCUCCCGCUGGCCACCCUGGCCGAGUCCGCCUCCGCAGCCUCCGUGGUGGCCGCCGCCGCCGCCGCCAAGACCACCAGCAAGAACUCCAGCAUCGCCGACCUCCGCCUCAAGGCCAAGAAACACGCCGCUGCCCUGGGGCUGUGA